UGUCUCUCUCUUGGUCAAUAAACUCCAAUCUAUAUUUCCUAGAAUCUUCUUCCCAAAAUAAACAAAUAUAAAUUAUCUCUUAUAUUUAUUUUUAUUUUUCAAUUAUUACUUCCCUUUUCAAACCACACACUUUUUUUCUUUCCUCUUAAUAACUCAUUUUCUUAACCACAGUCAACCACCAUGAACCUACCGGAAUUCCUCUCCGGCGGAACCUCAACGCCGUCUCCAAAGAAAGAGCUCCAAAUACAAGGCGCGCGUCCGCCGCCUCUCAGAGUCAGCAAGGAAUCUCACACAAUCCGUAAACCCCCGCUUCCUCCGGCGGCUCAUCACCAUCCUCCGGUAGGAGCCUCACAGCACCGACAGCCUCUCAUCAUCUACUCCGUUUCUCCGAAAGUCCUCCAUGUUACUGAAAGUGACUUCAUGGACGUUGUCCAGCGUCUCACCGGAUCUUCAACAGGCGAUGAAGCUAGUCAACAAUCCGGAGCUGUUUCACCGGCGGCGAGACUCGCUUCUAUCGAAAGAACGAGUCCGACGGAGAGAGAAAGAGUUCAAAACGUUGACGAUGACUUGACGUGGUUGUUAGAAGGAGUUGAAAUGGGACAGUUCCCUGGGAUAUUAUCGCCGGCACCGGCGACUUUACCGCCGAUAUCGCAGGGGUUUUUUUCACCUAUGAAUGAGCCACAAACGACGCCGUUUUGGCAUGAUAUGAGUCCGUUUUGGUAUGGAAGUAACUUUGUGGGGAGUCCGUCGGGUUUGCUUUCCGCCGCCGUGGUAUCUCCGUUGCCGUCGCCAGAUCUGUUUAGUAUUUUUGACUAAUUUUUAAUUUUUUUUAAGAAAUGUUUUUUUGACUUUUUAUUGAUGAUUUUGAUUAUGAAGGUUGAAAAUUCAACAUUCAUUCACUGACUUUUUGUGCCAUAUCAACCAUAAGUUUUGUUUUGGUCUUGUGUAUAUUGGUGUAAUGGGAAAUAAUAUCAAACAAAUGUCCAAGCUUUGGUCCACUAUUCUGUCUUAGAAUUGGUUGGAAUUAUAUUUGUCUCAACCACUUGAGAUUCUUGCUACUUGUUUAUAAGGAUUUGGAUUUGUCUUUAGUUUUUUUUUUUUUUUUAAUUUAAAUGCAGCUUCUUUUUUUUAGGACAUCAUAGGAAAUGUAUGUCCAAAUCUUGAUCAUUAUGUUUUUAUUGUUCUAAAGAAUCUGGAAACGGACUCAAAAAGAGUGUAGCAUUUUCCUCA